UUCUAACAGUUAGCCGAGCGGGUCGAGCUUGGCUCUAGCCGGUUCAUUUAGCAGCUCUUUUUCUCUGUUUAUUUUUCUUUCGAUUUGUUUCGUGUUCUUCUAGAUUAAUUCCUGAAGACUAGUCUACGUGAUCCGGUCUUCGAUUCCAUCUCCUUUUUGUAAAUUCUCGUCCCCGCUGUGUUCCGUUGCCUUACCGAAUUGCUUUGGAUUCAGAGUGACGAAUUCGUGAAUGAGAUGCUGAACGAGGAAAUUUUAAAGGUAGUGUUCCCUCUACUAGAAGGCAGAGAUCUUGCGACAUGUACGUUGGUUUGUAAGCAGUGGCAACAGAUUGCUGCGGAUGAUUACUUCUGGAAAUGUCUGUGCGCGAAGAGAUGGCCCUCAAUCUGCAAGCAGUCAUCAACUCCUACAUCGUCUUAUCGCAAAUUAUUCAAAGACUUCUAUUUACGCCGCCCCAGCAGGACCAUUCUUCCUCCGAGGCUAUCCUUCAAUGACUUGGAAUUCUACAUCGACAUCUGGACUGAAGACAAGCUGGCAUUUUCUGAAGUUGUGCCGGGACCCAUUCUCCAGAACGGAACGUGGACAUUGCCAGCUGGAAUCUGCGACGCUCUUAGGUUCCACUUGGACAGUCCCGAUUACAAAAUGACGCUGCCUGUGGAAUCGAGGUUUAAUAUUCCAGUGGGUCAGACAGUCAGCGUUUCUGUGCUUGUGGGUCGAAAGGAUUCCAAUAAAGUAGCUCGCAUCAUCAACAAAUCUGUCUUCGAUUACAUAGAUCGAUCCACGUACCGUGCACUGGCAUUUGACUACCUCGACUUCUCUCCCGCACAUCCUUUUGUGUCCGGCAUAAGAGCUUGGAUCUCAUUGCUUUUCAUGGACCAUGGCAACGAAGGGGUCAUCGAUGUGUUUGGGAUCGAACUAGAUUUCUGUGAUGCUGCAACCUCAAGGGAUCAAGUUUUGUGGCUCCUCGACAUGCUUGAUUGGAAAUGAACCAAACAUUGGCAUAACACAAAUUCAGGUUAACUUUUGUAAUCCUUGAGACCAAAAACUUCACCUGUUUUAGAGUUAGAUGUAUAUUCUGUUCUUUCACCUAGAAUAACUGGGCAUGCUCUCAUCGUUCUCCUCUAAAUAAAUUGUGCAACUUCUGUGUAAUAAUAUAUACUAUAUUUGUUGGAUUUCAAAUUUUCAA